AUGGUCUCCACGCAUACGGUGUUGACCAUAUCUAGAAAACUUCGUAAUCGGGUCUCUCAACAGGCAUUCCGCCGCCGCCAAUCUGAGUAUAUUAAGCAGCUUGAGCAGAAAGCCAAAGAACACAAACCAGAUAACGAACGCAUUAUUGAAUUAGAGAAAGAGAAUCAAACUCUUCGUGAAAGUUUGAUUCACUGUCAUACGAAAUUGGAGAGUCUGCGCGCAACCAUAUGCACUCUUGGUGAUGGCAUAUCUCAGGCUUUGGAUGGAACAGUAAGUGUGCUCCUAUCAUACAUGAAUUUACCUGGUACACCGUUUGUAACGCUUUUCCAGGAUCAAACAAGAAAACCAAGAAGCAAGUCGACAACAAGCAAUGAAAGUGUCGAGUUAAUAGAGGAGCCCUCCCCGGAUCCCUUUUCCACAGUAUCCGAUAUAACAGCAGAAAAGGAAAUCCCGAAACUCGGGCUUGAAUCAUCAUUCGACGAUGGUUUGCCCAAUACCUCCACAGAGAGUAUGAAGCUCGUUACUUUCGAAUUGCCAAAAACCCCGGACUUUUCUUUCUCUGAAUUGAUACAUCAACCGGAACCGAGGAUUGUAUCGCCACUACCGAAUAUCUGGACAUACCAAUACCAGAUGGGUCCAGCGCCAUAUGUUGAUGCACUUGGUGCCAAUGAAGCAAUAGCCGAGCAGCUGAAAAUUGACUGGACGCCCUCGAAUUCGCCAUUCUCAGAGCACGUAAGUGCGCUGAAGAACAUUCUCCGAGAAAAGUGGGACGGAAUGGGUCGAAGCCCCGAGUCCUACCCUGAUCUGUAA